AUGAACUCCGAUGAAAAGACACGACUGUUUGGGCUUCCCAGAAUAGCUUGGCUCCCGCAUCGUGGCACAAACAACUUCCAGUUAGAGCCGGCUCCCUACCCGGAACAGGGCCGAGAGACCAGUGGUCACGUAGGCGGCCUUGCCCUGGGGACUGGGGCAGCAGGAAAGGACAGCCCACUCCUGAGCCCCAGCGCGGGUGUGGUUUUCCAGGAGGCCCAGCCCCUGCUGUCUCCUCGUCACUUCACCAGGGCCAAUGGGAAAUUGGGAAAUUCACCUCCCUGGCCUGUCACCACGGCCACACUUUCGGGCCCAGCCAGUGAGGCCCUGAGCAGGCCUGGCGUGGGCGGGGCCCGUCGAGGGCGGAGCCGUCGCCUAGGGGGCGUUCCCGCCGAGCGGGUGCGGAUUGGCCGGAGGGGCGUGGCCCGCCGUCCCCGCCUGGCCGCCAUCCCCUACGAGCCCCGGCGCUUCUUCUACUCGCCGCCCGGGCCCGAGGCCGCCGCCUCCCCGCUGGCCCCCAGCCCCGCGCCCCCCGGGCUCGCCGGGGCCUCGCACCCCGAGGAGCUGUGCGAGCUGGAGAUCCGGAUUAAGGAGCUGGAGCUGCUCACCAUCACGGGGGACGGCUUCGACUCCCAGCGCUAUAAAUUCCUGAACGCCUUAAAAGAUGCCAAGUUACAAGGACUGAAGACCAGGCAGCCUGGCAAGAAGUUGGCCUCGCUCUCCUGAGGCCGGGCCUCGCCGCGUCAGGGUUUAGAUGCUGUGCCCCGUGCUGUCCUUCCAAAGACCCUGCUUUCUGUUCUGAAUCUCCUGCUGUCCUUGCUCCCUCACUGCUGCCUGUGCAGCGCCCUGGUGGACACCUGGGUCUCCUCUGCUGCUACCGGGAGCUUCUCAUGGUCUAGAAGCUUCUAGCCAGAGCCCUCCUGGGCAUUUGGGAUUGAGUGAGCCCAGAUGCCGUCCAGUAACACUAUAGCAAGAAAACACCCCCGCCCUGGACAGGCAGCUCUAGAGCUGGCAAGCAACGUGCUUCCCUUUCCUCCAGCUUCUGGGAACGGCUUCCCUACAGCCCACGCUGUCCUUUCCCAGGCGUCCUGUCACCUUGCCUACGCCCGCCUGAACCCUCGGCGACCACCUCUGUACCUCCACUCUCCGCCUGCCUUCUGCCCUGUAAACCCUCAAGCCUGAAGCGUGGCCGACCCGGGACGCACGUUGUCCUGGCUCCUCGGGCCUGUGCCGUGGGGCCGCAGUCACACGGCCGGAUAAAGUCCUUCGGUUUUACUCAACUGCGUGCCCUGUAUUUUAGGGUCACGACGGCACGAAUCUGGGGAGGACACCGUGCGGUCUAGAGCGGUGCCGCCGGCCACCCCUGGC